AUAUAAUAAGCAUGAAAGUUGUACUGUAAAAAAUUCCAGAAUUUCCCAAAUUUCUAAAAAUUACGAUUACUCCGAAAUCGAGAGGCUUUUCUCGAUUAAUUUGGGAAAUCAAGAAACUCGCUCCAUUUCAGUCGUUCGUUCCGUCCUCUAGCGUGUUCGACGAUCGAAGAUCGGGAGUGGUUAUGUUUGACGGAACAUAACCUCAAUUAUCCGUGCAAUUUGUCAGCAUGACGAUGUAAACAGAGAAAUGAUGCUUAGAUGAUCUGACACAAUCCAACUUCGCGUUUUCCACUCACGUAAUUAUGACAUAAAUUGCUCUUUUGAUGGAUUGUGUUCCAAGUACUUACAAAAUUGUGACACGACGUCGCGGAUUGUCGUCAACAAUAAGAUCUCGAACGUAGGAGAGAAAAACAAAGGAAAGCUGUGCUUUCCUACCUGCCGUUGCUAUUUCUUUUCAUCGACAAUGGAGAAGCGAAACGUUCUAUUUAUCUACUGUGCUUUUGCUACUCUCCAAAGUAUUUAUGGUCUUCAUAGAAGCUUAAAAUAUUAUGAGACAAUUCACAGUACUCAUUUUCAACAUAAGAUUGUAAAGCGAGGCAUUCAGCAUAGUUACCACCCAUAUAAUAAAAUAAGUGAACUUGAAUUUUAUUCACAUGGGCGGCACUUCCGAUUAAUUUUGACACCUAGAAGAGAAGUUAUACAUUCCAACUUUAAGGCAUAUGAGAUAAACGGCGAUGGAAAGGAGAAAACUGUACAUUUAGAUCAUGAUAAUUUUUAUCACGGCCGAGUAUUUGGAGAAAUUGAGUCUCACGCUCAGAUGCAUAUUGAUGAUGGUGUUAUGACAGGUAGCAUAACAAUCGCGGAUGAGACUUUUCAUAUUGAACCAUCCUGGAGACAUCUUUCGCAUUUGGAUAAUCAAACGAUGAUUAUUUAUAAAUCUUCUGACGUUAAACUCAGUUGGGAGCAUUACCAAGACGGAGAAGGCCAUACACAUGGAACUCCAAAGACCUGUGGUUAUGUCAAAGAAAAUUUAAAUUAUACUGUAAAUGACAAUUCUGAGGAUGAUACGGAAACGGAUAAUAACAGCAGCAGAGUCAAGAGGCAAACGGAGACUUACGAAUAUACACCGACGAAAACAAGAUGCCCAUUACUAUUGGUCGCUGAUUAUCGAUUUUACCAGGAAAUGGGUGCCAGCAGUACAAAAACUACAAUUAAUUACUUGAUAAGUUUAAUCGAUAGAGUACAUAAGAUUUACAAUGAUACUUUAUGGCAAGAACAUCAAGAGGAGGACGGUUUCAAAGGAAUGGGUUUCGUCAUCAAAAAAAUCGUCGUUCACAGUGAACCGACACGAGUGAGGGGCGGCGAAACGCAUUAUAAUAUGGUUCGCGAGAAAUGGGACGUCCGUACAUUGCUCGAGGUGUUCAGUCGAGAAUAUAGCCAUAAAGAUUUCUGCUUGGCUCACUUAUUUACCGAUCUCAAGUUUGAAGGUGGCAUCCUCGGAUUGGCUUAUGUAGGAUCUCCUCGAAGAAAUUCGGUGGGCGGUAUCUGUACACCAGAAUAUUUCAAAAAUGGAUAUACAUUGUAUCUGAACUCGGGAUUAAGCUCCAGCAGAAAUCAUUAUGGUCAGAGAGUGAUUACAAGGGAAGCUGAUUUGGUUACAGCACAUGAAUUUGGUCAUAAUUGGGGUUCAGAGCACGAUCCAGAUAUCUCGGAGUGCAGUCCAAGUGCAAGCCAAGGUGGAUCUUACUUAAUGUAUACUUACAGUGUUAGUGGCUAUGACGUAAACAACAAGAGAUUUUCUCCGUGUAGCUUGCGAUCCAUCAGGAAAGUUUUGCAAGCCAAAUCUGGACGCUGUUUCUCAGAACCGGAGGAAUCAUUCUGUGGAAAUUUGAGAGUCGAGGGUGACGAGGAAUGUGACGCGGGUCUCUUGGGGACGGAAGAUAAUGAUUCAUGUUGCGACAAAAAUUGUAAACUACGAAGUAAUCAAGGAGCAGUUUGUAGCGACAAAAACUCACCUUGCUGCCAGAGUUGUGCAUAUAUGCCUGCUGGCGUGAAAUGCCGUGAUGCGCAAUACGCCACUUGCGAACAGGAAUCGCGCUGCACCGGAGCGUCUAGCGAAUGUCCGAGAUCUCCACCGAUGAAAGAUGGCACCGGUUGCCUCGAACGUGGACAAUGCCGCCUAGGCAAAUGCGUACCAUAUUGCGAGACUCAAAAUUUACAAAGCUGCAUGUGCGAUACCAUUGCUGACGCAUGCAAAAGAUGCUGCAGAAUGAGUUUGAACGAAACGUGCUUUCCGAUAGACCCGCAAGACAUUUUACCCGAUGGGACACCGUGCAUUCAGGGCUUUUGCAACAAAGGCGUGUGUGAGAAAACGAUUCAAGAUGUGGUAGAACGAUUCUGGGACAUCAUCGAGGAUAUAAACAUUAACAAAGUUAUGCGUUUUCUGAAAGAUAAUAUAGUGGGUGCUGUGAUAAUCAUCACCGCUAUCAUAUGGAUACCGGCGAGUUGUGUUAUUAGUUAUAUUGACCACAGACGCGUGAAGGAAAGCGAGAAGAAGUGGAGGUGGAAACAUACGGACGAGCUCAUUCACCCGGACGAGCCGCGACAGGUAAUUUACGUAGGCGGUCAGCGGCAGAGGGUGCAGCACGUCAUGCAUCAAUCGUGAAGUUAAAUUGUUUGCGUUAUUUUAAUAUCUAGUCGAAUCUAAAUGAAGUGAUAUAUAUUUAUAUAUCUGUUUUGGAAUGACAAAAUAUUGUAAAUAUUUAAAUAUUUCUUCUUUCCAUGUUAUAUACAUGCGUAGCUUCUACGUAAUUUCUGUAAGAUUUCGAAUGAAUUUUAUAGUUAAGUUGAACGAACAUUCCUAUGGAUUAGAGGAAAACAAAGAUUAAUAUUUAGUAUUUAGGAAUUAAAUAUGUAUAAAUGAAGUUUUUCACUACUGGUUUUUGAUACUACAUAUAUCAAGUAUUAUAAUCUCUCUUUUUGAAGUAUUACUAUUACCUCUAUAAAGUUGGCACUUGCUACUUAAUUAUUAGGAUACAACUGCCAUGUUACCCUAAUAUAUUAUAUUUAAAUCGGCGAAGAAUUAAGAAUGAAACGAUAUGCUUUAAACUCCAAAUAUUGUACAUUUUACUUUAACAAUAUUUUAACAUUGUAAUGUACAAUUGUAAGUAUAAUAUGAAAAAAAAAACGUUUAGUGAUCUGUAAUGACGUUUAAAAAAUAAGUGUAA